AUGGAUAACUUCCACUAUGAUCUGAUUUCGGAGCAGCCCCAAAGCUUCCAAGAUCGAGGAUAUCUACUGGUUCGUGGAUUCUUCAGCCCAGCUGAGACAAAGCUGUUACAACAAUGGGCACAAGAAGUCCAUGAUCUACCUCGUACACCCGGUGUUCCCUGGAUGCCUUAUGAAGAGGUCAAUGCAGAGGGCAAGCAUGUCCUAUGUCGCACGGAGAAUUUUGCCAAUCCCCAUGACGGAUUUGAUAGCUUCCUUCGGGGGCAACGUGCCACCAGUGUACUGAACCAACUUGCGGGUGAAGAGAUGCUACUUUUCAAAGAAAAGAUCAACUACAAGUUGGCUGGGAGUGGUUUUGACCACCGUAUCGACGCGAAUGCCUACACUCAGGUGAAGAACAUCAAGCAUUUGACAAUCCUCGCUGCAGUCGAUGAGAUGAACGCUUCCAACGGAGGUCUCGAGGUGGUCGAUGGUAGCCACCUUAUGGAAGUUCCUCUCGGCAGUGAUCGCUGCAUUUUACCCAGCUGGGUCAACAGCCACCCGUAG